AUGAAUAAUUUAAUGAAAGGUUAUAUAGAUGCUUCUCAUUCAUUAUUAGAUUUUUUAAAAGCAUUUGAAUCAGCAUUAGAUCUACUUGAAUAUCAGGCUUCAGAAAUAUUAACAAAUUAUGCAUUAAAAUUAACACAAGAACAGUUAUUACAAUCUACGAGUUAUUUAUGUGUUAAACUAUUAGAUUCAAAAACUGAAACGAUGCAAACUUAUCAAAUUUACCAUUUUAAUCAUGAAGCCAAACCUGGAAGAAAAAAAUUAUCUGCUGACAUAUUUUUCGUGUUGCAACACAAACUUAAUUUAAAUAAUCUUCCAGAAUCAUUAUUUUAUAAUCAAUGGAGAAAAGAUCCAAGUAAUCUUGUUUUAAUGCAAAAUUUUCAUUUAUUUUGUAAUAAUAUUCAAUCUCCAAAUGACAAAAUUAUUGAAUGUGUUGAAGAUUAUGAAUAUUUGUUAUCAAAAGUCUUUUAUGAAAUAAAAGGAUUGGUAAAAAAGUACCCGGAAAUAGCACAGGAAUUUUAUAUUACAAACAAUACAUUAUUACAAAAUAGAAUAAAAAGUGCAAAUAAUCAGAAAACUUGUAGAAAAAAAAAAAGUAAAGUAAUGAAUGACUUAUCAAAUAAAAAACGGAAAACAAGAUCCAAUAAUAACAGUGGAUUGUCAUUACAAGAAAAAGAAAAUAUUCCCGAAUAUGAUGAUAAAAAAAUGAUAUUAACGCAUCUAGUUCAAUAUAUAGGAAUUGCUAUUGUCAGGACACCUGGUGGAAAACGACUCACGCAAAAGGCAAAGAUCUGCUACGCCACCGAAAAUCUUCGACAGCACUACUCAGAAUACGAAAUUGUUGCCCUUCUGGAACGAAUACACAAAGGAGAAAUCGAGGAAGUGGUGGUUACCCGAAAGCUUGUGGAAUGGAUCUUUGAGAAAAAUGGCACUCGGCUCGUGGUACUCGGUACGGAUGUCAGUGCCGAAAGUAGUGAAGCCGCAGAAGACUUGCUCUCAAUCGUCACGGUAUUUGUGGCAAGACAUAACGGAAUGCGUUCCGCUGCCAACCGCAGAAAAAGACGAGAAGCUCAAGCCCAAGAAGAUCAAGACACUGGCAGGCAAAACACAGCGUAUCCGUCUCUUUCCUACACAAGAAGAGAAAUUGAAACUCAAACGCUGGAUGGGAACAGCACGAUGGACUUACAAUCGGUGUCUCCUCUGCGAGCACAGUGUCUCAACGCCGCAAAUUUCAAUAAUACCGAACUUAAAUGGGUCCUUGAAACCCCAUAUGAUAUUCGCGACGAAGGGAUGAACGAUUUACUUAAAGCAUAUUCAACAAAUUUUGCUGCAAAACGGACGAAAUUUAAGAUAAAAUUUCGCUCUAAGAAAGAUCGACAACAAUCUAUUGCAGUUCUAUCGAAACAUUGGGUAAAUCGGCUUGGAGAAUUUUACCUUUGCAUUCCUCAACCACUUGAUAUACGGGCCGAAAAUCAAGAAGAAAUCCAUGCCAAAACAAAUCAGGAUAAAUCUCGCCGAAAAAUGGAGCUUAGGCUUCAAAGGCGAAAGGAGGAAGCCGAAGAUCCAUCCAAAAAGGAGGAACGUUUAGCAAAGAAUGUUCCUAAAACGCUUGAAAAUACACGAGAAUUCGAUGAGACAAUAGUAGAACCCGAAGAUACAGAAAUAUUGGAAGAUGAAAAUUCAGAUGAAUUUUCUUUAUAUUUUAAAGAAGGAGUAUCACCAAAAUUGCUUAUUACUACUAGUAAAAGGCCAUCAAAAUCUGUAUAUGAAUUUGCUUCUGAAUUAAUUGAUGUAUUUCCAAAUAGUAAAUUUGUUAAAAGAGAAAAUAAAUUUUCUUUUAAACAAAUUAUUGAAUUUUGUACGAAUAGAGGUUAUACAGAUUUAAUGGUCGUUAAUGAAGAUAAGAAAGUUCCAAACGCUAUUACUUUGAUACAUUUGCCCAAUGGACCUACUGCAUACUUCAAAUUAACCAGUAUUAAAUUGAAUCACAGUAUUCAAGGUCAUGGAAGAUCCUCGUGUUAUAAACCUGAACUUAUUCUAAACAAUUUUAAUACAAGAUUGGGUCAUACAAUUGGAAGAUGGCUCCAAGCAUUAUUUCCUCAUGUUCCGGAAUUUCAAGGAAGACAAGUUGCCACCUUUCAUAAUCAAAGAGAUUUUAUAUUUUUUAGGCGUCAUAGAUAUGUAUUUAAGAGUAAGGAUAAAGCAGAAUUACAGGAACUAGGACCAAGAUUUACAUUAAAGCUUAAAUGGUUACAAAAUGGUACUUUUGAUAAAAAUGGAGAAUAUGAAUGGAUGUUUAAGCCGGAAUUGGAAACAAGCAGACGACGAUUUUUCUUGUAA